ACCACACAAAGCAGUGGCUGCUGAGAUUUCAAGAUAAUUCCACACCAGAGUCUCCCAACACUUUCAUAGGUUUAAAUAAGCAAAGCAACGCAAACCAAAUCUUCCUAUCCUACCUUCAAUGGCGACCAUCACGAAUUUCAUAGUCAAACCCCUUUCGUCAUCGCAAUUUUCAAUCCCAAGAACAAGUUGUUUUGUUGGUAAAGGUUUAAGUUUGGUGACGAAGCUUAAACCUUUACCAACAAAACUUGAAACAAAAAGAAACCAAUUCCGCAACUUCACCAUCAACGCCACAGCCACCGCCGGCACUAAAGAGGUUCAAAGUGACGAGAGAGUUCAGCGAGUGCACAGCAUCCAGGAAUUCGACAAGGCCCUCGAGUUGGCCAAAAACAAGCUCGUUGUCGUCGAGUUUGCCGCCAGCCACAGCGCCCAGAGCCAAAAAAUGUACCCGUUCAUGGUCGACCUCAGCCGCACGUGUAACGACGUAGAGUUUUUAUUGGUCAUGGGUGACGAGUCGGAAGACACCCGAGAGCUCUGCAGGAGAGAGAACAUCGACAAGGUCCCCCACUUCAGCUUCUACAAGAGCAUGGAGAAGAUUCACGAGGAGGACGGAAUAGACGGCGAUCAGCUGAGGGGGGACGUGUUGUAUUACGGCGACAACCACUCCGCGGUGGUUCAGCUGCAUCAGAAGGAGGACGUAGAGAGGCUGAUUGAGGAGCAUAAGGUGGACAGCAAGCUGAUUGUGCUUGACGUGGGGCUCAAGCAUUGUGGGCCGUGUGUCAAGGUGUAUCCGACGGUGGUGAAGCUGUCGAAGCGGAUGGACACGGUGGUGUUUGCGAGGAUGAACGGUGAUGAGAAUGACAGCUGCCUGCAGUUCCUCAAGGACAUGGAGGUGGUGGAGGUGCCUACUUUCUUGUUCAUUAGAGAUGGUGAAAUUUGCGGAAGAUAUGUGGGUUCUGGUAAAGGAGAGCUUAUUGGUGAAAUUCUGAGAUACCAAGGAGUCCGCGUGACUUACUAGGUUAAUUAUCAACAAAUUAGAAUAUUCAAGUUUAAUUUUACAAAAUUUGUACUUUAUUUGCGUGACCAAAAUAUAUGAAGUUGAAUUAGACUUCGGAUA